AUGCUCCAAACGAUGUUCUUCUCUUCUUUGCAUUAUAGGAACAGAGGACUUCGACUCCACACCCGAGGGGGUAUUGCACACUGUUCCAUCUACCACUGGCCCCAGGAGUUCCCCCAAGUCUCCACGCCAACCACCCAGGCCCACAACAAAGGCGAAACCAAUAACAGCCAGGUCAUCGACAAUAACGCCGACCAAAAGCCACAUAACAUCAAAAAUAGUGGCAUCAGCGAUAAAAUCUUCAUUGAGAUCAACAACUAUAGCAGAGGCAACAACAAUGGCAAAGCCCACUACAAAGGCAACAACACAUGCAAAAACUACAACAACCUGGAAAACGUCAUCUACAACAAUGAUUCCAAAGCCGACUACAAAGCCGGGUACCAAGGAAACAAUACCGGAAAUGGCUACAACAACAACGCCGACUACAGAGGCAAAAACCGAGGCAAAUGCUACUAUAACACGAAGAACAAGAGCAACAUCAACUACAACAACGAUUCCAAAGCCGACUACAAAGCCGGGUACCAAGGAAACAAUACCGGAAAUGGCUACAACAACAACGCCGACUACAGAGGCAAAAACCGAGGCAAAUGCUACUAUAACACGAAGAACAAGAGCAACAUCAACUACAACAACGAUUCCAAAGCCGACUACAAAGCCGGGUACCAAGGAAACAAUACCGGAAAUGGCUACAACAACAACGCCGACUACAGAGGCAAAAACCGAGGCAAAUGCUACUAUAACACGAAGAACAAGAGCAACAUCAACUACAACAACGAUUCCAAAGCCGACUACAAAGCCGACUAUAACGCCGACUACCAAGGCAACAACAGCGGGACACCAAUUGCUAAGAAACCAAUCCUAUGUACAAUCGACACGCAAAUCAUUCCAAGACCCCAAGAUGGCGUCUGCGAUAUUAUAUUUUAUGAAACCUUCUACCUGCACGGAGGGGGCUCGUUGCUCGACACCAGCCAAGGCAAAUUUAGAUCAUUUCUGAACUACGCCGCUAACUACUCUGGUUCAACGCAAUACGGACUGGCUAUACCACACAGGUAG